AGUACCGUAUGUUAUAACUUUUGGCGGUAAAAAUUUUUCAAACUGCAUUUCGGAGCAAUCCGUGGAUCAAUUUGUUAUUUGUGUAUUAAGUAUUUGUUUUUGCCAAUAUUUUAUGAUUUUGAGUUAUAAGCGCAUCUAAGUUUAUAUUCGACUAAAAAUAAUACUUGUAUAGCUGAUUCGCUUGCGGAGUAUGACCGUACGAGUAACUUGAUUGAUACUCUGGUUGCCGGUUCCUCUCGUUGACUCGCAUACGGAACGCCAGUAAACGCUUCUGGAAUUUGUUGUCCAUAUUGAUCAUUCCUUUCAAACCACGGGGAUGGCUACGAAUCUUCUGAACAGAGGAGCGUUUAUUGUAUUGGAGGGACUGGAUAGGUCUGGAAAAACUACGCUAGCCUAUCUUCUUGUGAAAGAAUUGGAGCAACGGCAAAUUCCUGUGGAAUUUAUGCGUUUUCCAGAUCGAAGUAAGGAUAACGUUAUCGGAGACACCCUUAACAAAUAUCUGUCUAGUGGGAUUGAACUGAAUCCAGAAACUUCGCAUAUGCUCUUCACAACACAGCGCUUCGCAGUAAAAGAUCAAAUGCUCCAAAAACUUAUGGAAGGGAAAGUCUUGAUCGUUGAUCGUUAUGCUCAUUCUGGCAUAGCAUAUAGUGUUGCGAAGGGAUUGUCGCUGGAGUGGUGUAAAGCGAAAGAAAGUGGAUUAUUAAGACCCGACAUUGUUUUAUAUUUGGACCUUUUGCCCUCGGAGGGACUGAAGCGUGGCAAUUAUGGGGAAGAGCGGUUUGAAACUGUGCAGUUCCAGGAGAAAGUCCACAAUGCGUAUGAUCAGCUUCUUGAUGAUUCUUGGAAGAUACUGUCAGCGCAUGAUACACCGGAAACCCUAGUGCGUUCUGCACUGUCGAACAUUUUAAGAGCGUGCGAGUUGAAUGCCCAUAAGCCGGUUGAAUUACUGUACCAAUCGGGAAGACUGGAUGAAAAAUCUCCCCUUAAAGAGCGACAACCAUUUCGGACAAAUGUUCUAUCGAGUCAGUAGCGAAGCUUGAAAGGAUCCCAUUCAUCGUGUCAUCGGUUGACUGAUGCUUUUGAUGUUAGCAGCAGUGUUGUUGGUUAUCGCACACUUUUGUGCGAAUGUAGGAACUCUAUCUUUUAUUGAGGAUAAAUGUUGCAUAUUUUGUUGAUCAUGUAAAUCUUUCCAGUGUUUUCAGUUUUUGCCAUUUCACGAAGCCCGUACCAGCACUUGACAUAUGCUAUAUGAAUAAAACUAAAAGUGCCAGCAUUAAUAUAA